AUGGGAAGUGGUCAUGGAAAGGCGGGUCAACCCGUUGAGUUACAGGGAAUACCAGAGGCAUGGGGCAAUGGGACGAACAAGAAGGAGGUGUCGAAGAAGACAACGUCGCCAAGUCCAGCGAUGGAGAAAGUUAUAUCAUUAGGGGCUGAGGACAUCAAAAUCGAAUCUGUGGAAGAAGACGGGACAAAGGAGAAUACUUUGCCAGAAAUGAAAGAAAAUGGGACCCUCAGGGAUACCGGUCAAGCUAGUCAUGCUAGUACUAGUAGUGCGAACACGAUCGAGAUAUUAGGUGGCAACAAAACACCUGCCGAACCCGUAGUUGAUGUAUCUAUCACGAGUCGACGUCCGAUGAGGACUAGGAGUGGUUCCCCAAGGCCCAAGUCCGACGGCAACACCAGGUCCUGGAACGCUGGGUCACUGGAUGCUGAAGAGGGGUCUAGUCAUAUGUCGGUGACCUCCUAUAACUUGACGCAGACCAUCCGCAGCAGUUGUCGAUCCUCUAAGUGCCUUCUGGAUUACUCCGAUCUGAUGUUCAAAGAAAUUUGCGAUACUGGAGUCGGAGUAGACGCCCUCUACGAUCAGCUGUACCGUAAACCCACCAUGUCCAUGCUGUUGGGAUGCUCCUGUUCGGACGUGUCGAAGAGAGUGGGCCAGAUCCUGCCCUAUUGGAACGUGGUCAUGGUCUCGUACGGGUCUACAUCAGUGGCCCUCACCGAUCAGGAGUAUUAUCCGACCUUCUUCCGGACAGUGACCCCCGAUUCCUCCCACAAUGCAGCACGAGCUUCCUUUAUUGAGUACUUUAAAUGGAACAUGGUUGCCAGUCUCAGUCAGGAAGAAGAACUGUUCUCGCUGGCCCAGACCAAGAUGAGCAAGUACUUUGAGAGCGAUACGAACAUCACUUUCUCGGCUGUAUUAAGUUUCGUGGAUGACCCCGGGCCGCAGAUACAGCAAUUAGAAGAGAAAGAUGCCCGUAUCAUUAUCGGAAGUUUUCAAGAGGACGCUGCCAGGGCUGUCUUCUGUGAGGCCUACAAGCGGGGCCUGUAUGGGGCAAAGUACGUUUGGCUUCUCGUAGGUUGGUACAUGCGAGACUGGUGGCUGGUCGAGGACGAUCGCAUCGACUGCACACCCGAGGAGCUCACCGAGGCCGUCGAGGGCUACUUCGCUGUCGACAGCAUGGAUACCAACGUCGAUGACCGGAUGUCGGUCUCGGGCUUGACCUCAUCGGAGUUCCGAGAGGAGAUGAAGCAGCGUGGAAUCGAGCACCUCUCCACUCACGCCGCUCAGACCUACGAUGCCGUCUGGACCAUCACGCUCGCCCUCAAGGAGGCCAUGCAGAUAGUCACGGAACCGACGCCGAGCAACGCAUCGAUCCUGACGACGACGACGACGACGGUGAUGAGCGACGUCGGGUCCGCGGAGUUCUCGUACACGGAUGAAGGCAUGAAGGAUGCGCUGAUCGACAUCAUGUCCGAAGUAAAAUUCACCGGUGUUUCGGGUCCUGUUUCGUUCGCUGGUCCAGAUCGAUUUGGUAUUACCACAUUCCGGCAAAAUCAAGGUGGAGAAUUAAAACGGGUCGCUUUGUAUUUCCCAGAGAGUGAGCUGCUAGACUUUGAGACGGAGGGGACUGUGCCAAUCAACUGGGCCGGUGGUUUUAUACCAGUCGACCACCUGAUCGUUCUCGACAAGCCUAUUCGGAUCAACUCAGCUGCAUUCCUGUCGAUCUCCGUCCUGACCGUCUUCGGGAUCCUCCUCGCUUUCCUCUUCCUAGCAUUCAACAUCAAGUACAGGAAAACAAAGUACAUCAAACUAUCGAGCCCCAACCUGAACAACAUCCUGGUUGUGGGUUGUAUUGCGGUCUACUCGGCCAUUCUCAUGAUGGGCCUCGACGGGGAUAAAGUCUCGGAUGUUGUUUUUGCUCCUCUCUGCACGAUCCGCACAUCGUUCCUAGCGGUCGGAUUCUCCAUGGCGUUCGGAUCUAUGUUUGUCAAGACCUAUCGGGUAUAUCAUAUCAUUACACAUGCUAUGAGCAGAGUCAUCAAAAGAAAAAUGCUGCACGAAUCAACGUUAUUCCUCAUGAUCGGAGUUUUGCUAUUACUGGAUGUCAUUCUUAUUGCACUGUGGGUAAUACUGGAUCCCAUGUACCGACAAGAAAAACGCCUGAAUGUCGAGGUUUCAGACGACGGCACGCGCGCGUACGUGCCCGUCAUCGAAGAAUGCACGUCGUCGCACCAGAGCAAAUGGCUGGUCGCUCUCUACUCCUACAAGGGCCUUCUACUUCUCUUCGGCGUCUUCCUCGCCUGGGAGACGCGCAACGUCAAGAUCCCCGCCCUCAACGACUCCCACUACAUCGCCGUCUGCGUGUACAACGUGGUCAUCAUGAGCGUGCUCGCCGUCGUGGUCAACAACUGGGUCAUCCAGGGUAACCAUCGGACGAUGUCCUUCAUGCUCGUGUCUCUCUGUAUCUGUAUUACUACCACUGCCACGCUGUGUCUACUUUUUGUGCCAAAGCUCCAUGCAAUAAGAAUAAGUGUGAGCAAUGACCCGGUCACCAGGUCGGUAGGGUUAGAGGUCAAAGGUCGAACCCGUCGCUUUGUGAUGGACGAAUCGACGGAGCUAAAGGAGAGCAUCUAUAGAGCUGAAAUUCAUAUACGAGCAUUCAGAAGAGAAAAUAGAAAACUUGAUUCCAAAAUAGCCGAGCUGGAAGGUGUACUACGCAUGCUCGAACGAGAGGAGCAAUACCGUCUAGGUCAUCUAAGUGAAUUUGACCUGGACACAUCAGGGAAAGAACAUGAAUUACAAAUGCUGCUACACUUACCAGAGACUCCCAUAGACAAUCAAGAAUCGUGUGCGGUUAAUCGAUUCGAACAGGAAUACAAGCGGAUAGUGACUCAAAACCUGAAUUCGGUUAGUGGUGGUGGUGGUGGACGGACCGAGGAGCGACCGGGUAAAACCGAAACCCGGCGACGGACAUCAGUGUUGCCUUUCAGAGGUCUGGGGAAGGAGAACAGUUUCACGCAUACGCCGCUCAUGGCGAGGUUUAGUACGGAUACCGACGAGACCAAUUCGGAUAUCUGUCCUGAUUUGGAUACGGAGAGGAGCACGGUUGUGGAACGGUCGUAUGGAACGUUACGCGGGACAAGCAGCGCGGGAAGCAGUGAAAGUUUGUCUUCGAAACUCAGGGCGAUUAGCGAUGGCGGUGUCGGCAUGAUUGGGGAUAGUAAAGGAAAGAGGACAAACGACGUGGACGAGGAAGACGAGACGGAGAUCGAGAAUAACGACCAGGAGGACGCCGACGAGACGUCCGUUCUCGCGUACCGCCGAAGCAGCAGCGCGGCUAACCGCGGUAGCAACAAGGAUAUCCCCGGUACUUCAGAAACAGCUGACAAAGAAGACCCUGAUGAAAGGACACUCAUAACAGAAAUGCAAGACCUUCAGCUUCGGCUAUUGCAAUUAAAUGGCAAAGCCAAUAUGAUCUACUACGUAUAAUAUAUCGCGUUUCUAAGCAAUGACUUUCUUCAAAGUACUUCACCUCACGGUGACUGAUGAUUAUAUCUCUUCGUUUUUUGUACUGUGGUGUUUCAAUAUAUUGUCAUAAAUUUUUUGCAAAAAAAGUAUAAUACUUGUCAUAUAAUGUAUAGAUUCUUUUUAUAGAAACAAAAUGUUUCAUAUCAUUAUGAGAUGGUAUUUGAUGCCAUCUUCAAUCUGAAAUCGAGGAGGAUAUCUUUUUAUACUGUGAUCUAUUACCGACAUGUUUACAUUAUUUUAUAUUGUAUUGAAGUACUAAUACCCAGUGUUCUUUGUUUUAUUGACAGACUGUGUUUCUUGAAAUUGCAUUGCGUAGGUCAAGCUCCCUCUCUCUAAUAAUGACGGAAUAUUACCUUCUUUUGAGUUUCAAUUUGAUUACAUUAAUGACAGAGUAAUUUACAACGAAGGGGAUAUUCUACAUUCUUAAAUAUUUAUUUCUUGAUCAUUUUAAAAAAUCCUAAACUAACCUGUUUGUUGCAUAGUAGGAUAUGAACUGUCUUUGCAAGGCCUCGGAAGUUUAGGACGCAAGCAAAUCAACGACGAUUUGAACCCAACAUGACCCGAACCGAACCCGA